AUGCCUCCCAAGAAGGCCGGAAGGGGCUCAGACAGGCCUAACAAGAAGGCACGCCCCACCAGCCUAGAGGAUGUGGUUGCAGACGCCAAGCCAGGUGCUGCAGGACCGGCUGCGGCCAAGACGGGGCGCAACACGCUCACGGUUCAAGAGAUUGAGAAGGACCGCAUCACGCGGCUGGCGGCGAAGCACUGGUCUCCCGCGGCCCGCAGCCGCGCUGCGGAGGCAGGCCGCCCGCCGCCGGCGUUUGACGCUGCCCUGGUGGACCAGCUGUACCAAUCCGAGCUCGGCGGCGGCAAGCCGCGCCCGCCGCCUGUGAAGCGUGUGAUGCUGCUGGAGGUGUCUCAGUACCUGGAGAACUGGCUGUGGCCCAACUUUGACGCGACCGCCGCCACCACGAGCCACGUGAUGAGCAUAGUGGUGAUGGUCAACCAGAAGUUCAGGGAGGGGGUACCGGCCUGGACCUGCUUCCACACGCGCGAGGACGCGUUCCCCGGCUUCUUCCGCCGCGUGCUGGAGCUGCGCGCCGCCGACGCCCCUGCAGCCCUGUCUCAGCACGAGCGCACCUCCUACGUGCUUUUCUUCACCAACGUGUUUGCCAGCCUGGAGGACGAGAUGGUGCGCGCCCAGGCGCUGCGCCUCGUCAGCCUGCCGCUGUGGCACGCUCUCAGCCCGGGGCGGCUGCAGCUGGAGCUGCACGGCCAGCCGGCGCUGGCGAAGCGCUGGAAGGCGCUGCUGAAGAAGGACGCAAAGGCGGCCAAGGAGGCCGCAAAGAAGGGCGGCGGCGGCGAAGGCGAGGGCGGCGGCGGCGACAUUUGUGCCCGGCCUGAUUGA